GGUUACGGCGCAUACGCCUAAAACCGAUGACUCUUAUAUUAACGCUCUCUGCCCUUCAAAUGACACUGCUUUCGUGGUAACGGUUACGUGCGGAUCAAUUUUUCAGUUGUUCAGACGACGACGACAUGAGUAAAAUCGGAAUUAACGGAUUUGGCCGUAUUGGCCGUCUGGUGCUGAGAGCCUCCCUUGAACGUGGUGCUCAGGUUGUUGCCAUCAAUGACCCGUUCAUUGGUUUGGACUACAUGGUAUACAUGUUCAAAUAUGAUUCCACUCAUGGCAGAUUCAAGGGAGAAGUUAAGGCUGAAAAUGGUUGCCUAGUUGUCAAUGGCAAUAAAAUCGCUGUGUUCAGCGAACGUGAACCAAAAGCCAUUCCAUGGUCCAAAGCAGGAGCUGAAUAUAUUGUAGAAUCCACUGGUGUUUUCACUACCAUAGAUAAGGCUUCUGCUCACUUGGAAGGUGGUGCCAAGAAGGUUAUCAUCUCUGCACCAUCUGCUGAUGCACCAAUGUUCGUUGUUGGUGUUAACCUGGAUAGUUAUGACCCAUCCUACAAAGUUAUCUCCAAUGCUUCUUGCACUACCAACUGCUUAGCUCCUCUUGCUAAAGUUAUUCAUGACAACUUUGAAAUUAUUGAAGGUCUUAUGACUACUGUACAUGCUAUCACUGCUACCCAGAAAACUGUGGACGGACCUUCCGGAAAAUUGUGGAGAGAUGGCCGUGGUGCUGCACAAAAUAUUAUCCCCGCUGCAACGGGUGCCGCCAAAGCUGUCGGUAAAGUCAUUCCAGCUCUUAAUGGAAAGUUGACUGGUAUGGCAUUCCGUGUGCCAGUACAUAACGUGUCGGUAGUCGACUUGACGGUCAGACUUGGCAAACCAGCAAAUUAUGAUAGUAUUAAAGCUAAGGUAAAGGAAGCUGCCGAGGGACCUAUGAAGGGAAUCCUAGGAUACACCGAGGAUGACGUAGUGUCUUCCGACUUUAUUGGUGACAACCACUCUAGUAUUUUUGAUGCUAAAGCUGGUAUACCUUUGAACGAUAACUUUGUAAAAUUAAUCUCGUGGUAUGAUAACGAAUUUGGUUACUCUAGCCGCGUGAUUGACCUGAUCAAAUACAUACAGACGAAAGACAACUAAAGAGUUUUACGUACGUUUGUACGUAACACUUUCGUAAAGGUUUCUGUAUGAUAGUGUCUAUCAUAUAAAAUACAUCGUUGUAUGGAUUUCAGAUUAAAUAACGUUAUUUUUAGCUGGUAGCAUUUCCAAGAAUUGAAAAUAUUGAAAUUGAGAAUACUUCAACGUACAUUUUUUUCGCACAGUAGAAGUACAAUAAUUAGUGUUGUAUAGGCGUCUAUCGUCGGAAACAAGUACAAAACAAACAGGCUUUGUUAUAUUACUUAAUUUAGAUUUGCGUUCAUAAUUUUGAAAUGUAAUUCGUAAACGAUGAAAGAAAAAUAUAAAUACAAAUAACAACGUUGUAUGCGUAAAAGUUACAUAGUCCAUGUAUGUAACAUAAAUUAUUAUAUUCUCGUGUUGUAUUAUCUAAGUACAAUUACAUUUAAUUGAUUUC